UAUAUAUGUAGCCAUUAGAGAGUUUGCUUACAGACAAGCAACUGAUCACCCUGCUACACACACUGGUCCUAACGAUAGGCCUACAUUAUCAACGAGCGGUAAACAUGGAGCUUGAUGUUACAUACACCUUUGACAACAGCACUGACAACAUGUCAGAGGAGUCUGGCGACUUUGACCUGGACUUCCAGGAGCCAUGUGGCAGAGUGCUCAGCACUGAAUUCAACAAGAUCUUCCUACCGACAGUUUACGGAAUUAUAUUUAUUCUGGGAGUCAUUGGCAAUGGAUUAGUCGUUGUUGUCAUGGGCUAUCAGAAAAAGGUCAAGACGAUGACGGACAAGUACCGGCUCCAUCUCUCCGUGGCUGACCUCCUCUUCGUCCUCACCCUGCCCUUCUGGGCCGUUGAUGCUGCCAAAUCCUGGUACUUUGGGGGUUUCCUCUGUGUCUCUGUGCAUAUGAUCUACACAGUGAACCUGUACAGCAGCGUGUUGAUCCUGGCCUUCAUCAGUCUGGACAGAUACUUGGCAGUUGUGCGAGCCACCAACAGCCAAGCCACAAGGAAGCUGCUUGCGAGCAGAGUGAUCUAUGUGGGUGUGUGGCUGCCCGCCGCUGUGCUGACUGUACCUGACCUGGUGUUUGCCAGGGUGCAGGACAAAGGCUCUGCAAACUUCCUCUUUUUUGACGAUAGCAUGAAGACUGAAGACUCCAGGAUCAUCUGCCAGCGCAUCUACCCGCAGGAAACCAGUCUCAUAUGGACUGUCGUUUUCCGCUUCCAGCACAUCCUGGUGGGCUUCAUACUGCCCGGUCUGGUCAUCCUUGUCUGCUACUGCAUCAUCAUCGCCAAGCUGUCGCGAGGCGCCAAGGGCCAGGCUCUGAAGAAGAAAGCGCUGAAGACCACGGUCAUCCUCAUCCUUUGUUUUUUCUCCUGCUGGCUGCCCUACUGUGUUGGCAUCUUUUUGGACAACCUGAUAAUGCUGAACGUGGUCUCUCAAUCUUGCGAAUUGCAACAAGCGGUGGAAACGUGGAUUUCUAUCACAGAGGCGCUGGCCUAUUUUCACUGCUGCCUCAACCCCAUCCUCUAUGCCUUCCUGGGAGUUAAGUUCAAGAAAUCAGCAAAGAGUGCACUGACAGCCGGCAGCAGAUCAAGUCAGAAAGUGACCCUCAUGACAAAAAAGAGAGGGGCGAUUUCAUCGGUGUCAACUGAGUCCGAGUCCUCAAGUGUUUUGUCAAGUUAACAAACAUUCGAACCCAGAGUCUGUGACUUGAUAGCAUGAGGAGAGAAAAAAAAACUAAGCUUCAAUUUCAAAGAACUUACUACAUUUUGUACAAUUGUAAAAAAAGAAGAGGUUUUUUUUUAUACUUUUUGAUUUGUUUGCCUUGUUUACUGCAAUUGUGUGUCAUCUGAUGUUUUUUUAUUGCAAUUUUAGCAACUUCAAUGAUCCUCAAAGCAGAUUGUGUCCUCAGGCAGUGCCUCAUUUCCACUCAUUCAGCUUCACAAUCAAGAUCCAUUUUCUCUGUUUUCAUCUUUACAAUCUGUGUUGCUGCAUCAAAGCUCAGGCAUACAAUACCCUAUUCUGUUUUCAUGGAUGGUAGCUGCUCUUGGAAACCUGUACAUAGUUUGUAGCAUUUGUGUGUUCGCACUUAAGUUGUGUGAUUUUCUGAAAGCUAUUAUUUAUUGCUGUCAUUCACACUGGAAGUUCUGUAAAAUAAACAAACUGCAUGCUGCUUUUUUU